AUGGCUGAAAUGGCUUUCAAUGAAUUCUCUGAGGUUUGUUUUAAGUCUAAUUCAGUCCCUGUUGCAGUUUCAGCUCGUUCUCCUCUCCCUCCUGGCGGCUGGUCCCCUCCUGAUGAUCCUUUUGUGAAGGUAAGUUGCGAUGCAACCUGGGUGAAGAAGACCAAUAGAGGGGGUUUAGGAAUCAUCAUCAGGGAUCAUAUUGGGAUUCCCCUUCAUGCCUUUACUGCAGGUUUUGAUGGUGUCUCAAGUCUUUUCGCUAAAGCUGUUGCUGUUGGAACUUGGCUUCUUCAAGCAGCGAAGUGUGGUUUCUCUUCCAUUGUGGUGGAGUCGGAUUGCUCAAAUUUGAUCUGCCAAAUUAACUCUAAAAGCUUCGAUUUGGAGAUCAUUGGGGUGGGAUUUGAUAUCCUUCAGCUUCAAGGUUCCUUUGCUACUUGUUUUUUUAGUUUAGUUCCAAGGUCGUCUAAUUCAGUUGCAGACUCCUUGGCCCGGUCGGCCCUUUCGGAUGAGUCCCCAAUUGCUUGGCCAGUUACCUCUCAGUGGCUGAUAAAUCUUUGUAAUUUAGAUGUCACUGCUUGUAUCGACUCGAUUUAUCAAUGA